GCCAAACGGCCGGCACACAACUACACAAGCCGCUGGCAAAGAUGGCCUCCUCCUUGGUCCUCAUCGCAGCGGCCCUGCUUGCGCUGGCCUCGUCGUGGCAGCAGGCCAUCGCCUACGAUCCUAGCCCCCUCCAGGACUUCUGUGUCGCAGACAAGAACUCGCCUGUUCGCGUCAACGGGUUCCCUUGCAAGGACCCGAUGGCGGUCACCCCGGACGACUUCUUCAACGCGGCGAUGAUCAUCGACAAGCGGAGGGACACGAACAACAAGGUGGGGUCCAACGUCACCAACGUGAACGUGGAGAGCUUCCCGGGGCUGAACACGCUGGGCAUCUCGCUGGCGCGCAUCGACUACGCGCCGCUCGGGGUGAACCCGCCGCACAUCCACCCACGCGCUACCGAGCUGCUCACCGUGCUCGAGGGCACCCUCUACCUCGGCUUCGUCACGUCCAACCCCAACCGCCUCUUCUCCAAGGUGGUCAAGAAGGGCGACGUCUUCGUCUUCCCCAAGGCCAUGAUCCACUUCCAGAUGAACCUCGACCACGACAAGCCCGCCGCGGCGCUCUCGUCGCUCAGCAGCCAGAACCCUGGCGUCAUCACCAUCGCCAGCGCCGUCUUCGGCUCCAAGCCGCCCAUCUCGGACGACGUCUUGGCCAAGGCGUUCCAGGUGGAGAAGAAACUCAUCGACUGGCUCCAGUCUCAGUUCUGGGAUACCAACUACUAGCUGCCUAGCUAGCUAGUAAUAUACUUGCUUGCUUAUUUGUUGCAUGCAUGCACCACCAACACAAGCCUUAUAUUAAUUACGUACGUACAUCUAUGUAUAAUAUUGAAUAAAUGGCCGGUAUGCAUGUGGAGGAGUGAAACUUAUUACUGUGCGUGAUUAAUAAUAUUUAAUGUAAACUUUUCAUUAUUAUCUAAUAUAAAAAAAAGAAUACGAGUUCAUUGCAAGUGUAAUUAACGAUGAUUGGGGAUGAUGCUCUGGAUUACAUAUGUACAGCCGAAUUCAGUCCGUCGGCAUGUACAACCUCAGAGACUGCAUAAGCCUUUAGCUUUGCAUCAUAAAUACAAUUAAGAGACCGUUGAGCACCAUAUGUGCCACACAAU